AUGGAUCGCACUCUCUCACCCCCCGUCGAGCAUGCCUCGCGGGCCGGCUCCUACCUUCCGAAGCUUCCCUUUGCCGGUCUUUUUAAAGCAGGAUUCAAGGUAGCUUGUCUGCUAGUGGGUGUGACCUUGUGUGUGGUACAAAUUCUUCUUCUGGAUGCCGCCGGCUCAAAGCCUUACGAGCAGAAACAUGCAGGUCUUUCAUACCGGUCCUUCUGGAGAUCUAUCCGCCCCCAUCAUGUACCGACUGCCAUCGCCGGCAGCUUAGCUCAGAUGAAAGACGACGAAUUCGACUUCGACUGGGAUGAUGAAGAGUAUGAUGGUGGAAAUGCAGCUGAUGACGAACAAUCUACAGAUGCCGAGAGCGACGGGGAUCCUGACGCCUUGACCAUGACGAAGCAAGACUCGACAAACGCAUUCAACGUGAACGAAAAGAGCUACGUUAGCACCACACAAAAUGCGAGGCAAUCAGAGCAGGACUUCCCUACAUCCUCCACCUCAGGUUUCUCCAACUUUGGCAACGUUGGAACCCCAGCAUGGGCGCGCCCAGGUCGAGGUGAAGCCGCACCCGAGCCGCCGGCACCAGUAAACAGCUCGAGUGGACAGGGUCCAGAACCAGCGUUCGGGGCACUGCGACGUUCUAUUGACGCAAGUGCGCCUGAGAGCAUGUACACGCGAGCCGUUGAAACUGCUCCUGCGACAAACUUCCUGGGCGUUGGGUACGACAGCAUUAAAGGAAACCCCAUUGGUGACCCUGACAUGAUGGUUGACCCGGGUCUGCGGUCUCCAAUCAUCGUCUUUUCGUUUCAGCAAGAUCCCGAUGGCGUGACGAAUGAUUUGAACUAUUUGCAGCCUCUGGGCGCAUUUACGCGCCCUUUCUCAGCCUGUCGCCAGUCUGAGAACGUCAACGAGCUGGACACUUUGUCGGAUUACCAGAAAGUGCUGAGUGUAGAUGCGGCCCUCCACGGAGGAGAUUCUCUGGGGAUUAACAGCUUCUCUGGGUCAACUGGGUACAAGGAGUUCGCGCAGGAUGUUAGCUCGAAGGCAAACAAGUCGUUUAUGCUGAAAACCUACUGUAUCCGUUAUGAAGCAGGGCUCGCACAGACUGACUCGUUCAAGUGGAACUACACACUUGCGUUCGACGACGCCGUCGCCCAUCUGCCCGUCACUUUCGAUGGAAACGAAAGAGACACCCCUUGUUCCGUGCAGCAGUGGCGGGCUGACCACAUGGCAGAUGGUUGCCAACAAACGAACAUUCCCAUAUGGAUGGCAUUCAUCGAACAGUUCGGCACGCACUAUACAGCUCGUCUCUAUGCAGGAGGCAAGAUGACGUAUCAGGUGACCAUGAAGUCUUCAGACGUCAAAGCGUUGAAGAAAAAGGGCGUCGACGUGAAAGCCGAAGUGAAACUCAUGCUUGGAGGCUUUUCGGCAGGCGCAUCUUCGCAGGUCAAGACAAACCAGGAUUCCGCCUCCCAACUGCGCAGUUUGAACGUAGAAAAAGAGGCCCUAGUGAUUGGUGGAAAACCUCCGGCAGACGUUUCCGACCCAAAAGCUAUUGCCGCCUGGGCAAAUUCAGUCGACGCUCUUCCCAUGCCAGUCAAGCUCGAGUUGCUUCCGUUGCAAAAUCUGCUACCUGAGGACAAAAGGGAGGCGUUCACACACGCCGUUACGUACUAUAGCAAGGCCUUUGGCAUGUCCGCGAUGGACGUUCAGUCUCUUGAGGGCACAGCGAGGUCGAUUCAGGAUGUACUUAAAGACGUUACUCAGAUUGCGUGGGCCGGCGCCCCCCCCGGAUAUGCAAGAUGUCCACGCGAGCAGGUUGUUUUAUUUGGCUUCGCCAUGAGAUUCAACUUCAAAGUGACGAUAAGCAACAACCUCGCAAACUACCACAUCGCCCCCUGCACAGCAGGAAGAGAGAAGUGCGAUGGAAUUGGGGCGGAGGAAGCUGCUGGUGACGACGAGCGAAUCUACAUGGCGUGUGGUCCAGAAGUGGUGAACGAGUUUUACCAAGUUGUCGCGGAGACCGAAGCAGGAGAAAAUGUUGCGGUAGCCACCUGUCCCGAAGACACCGUGAUUGCUUUCGGAUUCGGUAUCAGCAUUGGGACAGGAUUCUACAGCUCCGAAAAUACACAGGUUGAGCCUUGCACGGCAGGUCAAACACGCUGCACGAAGGCCCGGACCUCGAAUACGGUCAAGUCUUACGUGUGGAUGGUGUGUGCGGAGAAGUCGUUCCCCGGAAUCGCGCAAUUGAACAACAUUGCUGAAGUUGGUACGAGAGGAAAGGCGAAUUCCCGAAUGAAGAACACGGACGGCAUUGUUAACGUGUCAUGCGGCGCGGACGAACGCACACUUCUCGGCCUCGCCCUAGAAGUGCAUACGCACAUGCCCAGCGUUCGAAAGGCCUUUAAAGUGUGCACCCACGACUCCAACUCUUGUGCUCUCAACGGAGCAGGUGAGCAACUAACCGUUUUGUAUGUUGAUCGACACGCCCUUUUCGGAUGGGCACUGUGCGGGCGCCGCCACGAAGAGAAGUCGCACGUCGCCUCUGAUAUCUCCAAGGGUGCUUGA